AUGUUCGAUGACCUCGCCAUACUCGAGAAAUUCUACUACGAGAACAUGCUUUCUUCGUCCCCCAGCGCAAAGGCCUUUGUCCAAGGCAAGCGUGAUGGGUGUCGUUCAGCGGUGACCAGCUUCCGGCUUCCGGGUAUUCCUUCGGCUCCAACGUCAGAGGUCAAAGAGGCGUCAAUCGACUGGACAGCAUGCAAGGCGUACACUCCUGAGCUGCCUACCCUGAACCCGAGAUAUGUCACGCAGAAGCAUCGGUACACCUACGCCGUGACUGACCGCCACGAAUCGACUUUCUCCGAUGGCAUCAUGAAAUACGACAGCGUGGCCAAAGAGACUAUUGUCUGGAAACAGCAUGGACAGUCGCCUGGAGAAGCAAUCUUUGUCGCUGAGCCUGCGGGCGCUAAUGAGGAUGAUGGCGUCCUUCUGAGUGUUGUGCUGGAUGGGAAGGCCGGGAAAAGCUACUUGCUCUGUCUGGAUGCCCGCGAUAUGUCUGAGCUGGGUAGAGCGCAUCUCAACGGACCGGUAGGCUUUGGCUUUCAUGGCCAGCAUGUUCCUACGAGUGGAGGGCUGCCCACAGGGGAUUAUUAG